GUCGUUGAACACGGACUGUUUUUCGGGACGGAUGUGUUCAUGUUUUUCAUGAUGCUUUCGCUGGAUGUUUUAGUUUGAAUUCAUUCGCAUUAUUAACAUGUUCUUUAUAUUUGCUUUUAUAAAGCGGAAAAGGUGAGAGAACGACAUGAGCACAUGUAGCCUAGAAAUGACUAAACAAGGUGCCAUGUGAUUUGUUUUAAAGUUUCACCCCGAUUAGUGGAACAAAGUCCAAGUGAGAGUGGAUUUGAAUGCAGCAGGAGAAGUGCACUUCAUGAUCAUGGGAGAAUAAUAGCUAAGAAAGGUGCAUUGCUCCCCAAAUAUUAAACAGAGAAAGUAAAAAAGAUCCAUAAGCAUCGUAUUAUCCAUUGCUCAUGUCGUUAUUCAGUAGAGCAUCUAAUGUGUUUAGCAUUAAGUCGACUUUCUGAAUGUGGAAUCAUGAGGAACAUAAAGAGAUCAUUCAUGCCCCUGUCCCGUCUGCUGCAGGCAUCAACAUGUCCAGCUGCUCUUUCAUCGUCUGCACGACGGCUCGUCUCCGGAUGUGCCUCGAGUCCAAAAGUGUGCAUCGUGGGAGGAGGUGCGGCUGGUUUUUACACGGCACAACAUCUCCUCAAGGCCAGGAGUGACAUGGUUGUGGAUAUCUACGAGCGUCUGCCUGUUCCAUUUGGCCUGGUUCGAUUCGGGGUAGCUCCAGAUCACCCUGAGGUUAAGAAUGUCAUUAACACAUUCACACAGACGGCCCAGCAUGAACGCUGUUCAUUCUUUGGCAAUGUUGGUGUAGGCAUGGACAUCAGCGUGGAGGAACUAAAGAAUGCCUACCACGCGGUUGUACUUAGUUAUGGGGCAGAUGGGAAUCGGUCUAUGAGAGUGUCUGGAGAAAGUCUUGAAGGUGUGUUCUCAGCCAGAGACUUUGUGGGAUGGUACAAUGGACUUCCAAGCAAUCAAGAGUUGUGUCCGGAUCUGAGCUGUGAGACAGCUGUGGUUCUGGGACAGGGAAACGUGGCACUGGAUGUUGCCAGAAUCCUCUUGUCUCCACUGGAUUAUUUAAAGAAAACCGACAUUACUGAACAGGCCCUGCAGUCUCUCAAAGCCAGUCGGGUGAACAGAGUGUUGAUUGUUGGAAGAAGAGGACCUCUCCAAAUUGCAUGUACCAUAAAGGAAGUGAGAGAAAUGAUUAACCUGCCUGAAACUAAAGCUGACAUGCUCCCAAGUGACUUUGAGGGUAUAGCUGAGGUUUUGAAAGGUCUUCCCAGGCCCCGGAAGAGACUAACUGAGUUGAUGCUGAUGACAUUAAAAGUAAAUGAAGGGGGACAAAAUACAUGUAAACGUUGGGGUUUUCGUUUUUUGCGUAGUCCUGUGGAAGUGCUUCCAGAUGCAGAUGGGAAAAAAGUAGCAGGGAUUCGUUUAGCUGUUAACAAGCUUGAGGGUUCAGGAGAGGAGGCUCGUGCUUUGCCCACAGGACAAACCCAGGACGUAGAGUGUGGCCUGCUCAUCAGCAGCAUUGGCUAUAAGAGCCUACCUCUUGAUCCCACUGUGCCUUUCGACCCUCGCACUUUCACAGUGCCCAACAACAUGGGCAGAGUGUUGCAUACAGCGGGGCUGUACUGCAGUGGCUGGGUAAAGCGUGGGCCGACAGGUGUGAUUGCGACAACUAUGAAUGACAGUUUUGAAACGGCACGAACUCUCCUGAAAGAUGCGGCCUCGGGGACACUCGAUCUGUCAGUCUACAAAGCUGGUGCUCAGGAAAUUACAGCCUUACUGAAGACUCGAGGAGUGAGAGCAGUGUCCUUCUCAGAGUGGGAGAAAAUCAACUCCGAGGAGGUGCGGAGAGGAGAAGCUCUGGGAAAGCCCAGAGAGAAAGUCCUGGAUGUGAAAGAGAUGCUAGAAGUAGCCUGGUCCUGAUUUGUCUCACUAUGUGGUGGUGUAAAUAAAUAAUGUAAUCAUUUA